AUGGGAUCAAGCAAUUCACGUGAGCGGCGCUCUCGGCAUCAAGGUCGCAAUGAUGGACUUUCACCUCCAGUGAAUAUGCCUACACACUUAGCAAGUCAGUACAACAAUCGAAGAAACCCUGCAAAUAACGGUAACACUGUCCCUGCCCCGCCACGGCCAGACCAGCAACAACCACCGCCACCGCAGCAACCAAUACCACCACAGCAGCAGCAACAACAACAACAACAACAGCAACUGGCACCUACUGACAAUAACAACAACAAUAAUAACAAUAACAACGCUAACAACUCCAACAACAGCAAUGAAGGCAGAAGUGCCAACAAUCAACGUGGUGUCCAAGAAGGGCAAAUUGUGAAAAUGUUGGCUACUGUUGAUGCCUCAUCAGUAAAUUAUGAUGCUGGAACGAAUACGCUGAGAUUCUCCAUCACCAGCGUAUGUCCUUCCUUGACGUAUGAGAUUCACACAGGUGUGAAGGAAUAUAUAAAAGAUGGUGAAGUUUUCUACUUGCCAAACAAGCCUAAAAUGGAGCCUCCUCGUAUUUCUCUUGAAGGUUCACAGGAAAACAAAGAGGUUACUGUACGUAUUGACGUGUCCAAGUUGGAUGAGAAAGAACGAGUAUAUAACAAGCAUUAUCCUAAGCAACAACCAUGUGUUAUUGUCCUGCGUUACCGCACGAAGGAGAUGCGUAAGGGCAAAGGUGAUGAUACCUCUGCUCCGACAGAGGAGAUUGCCGAACACACAGAACACACCGCAGUAGAUCUUGCUGAGAACCCGAAGCGACGGGUCAUCAGUCAAAUUAUCACCGCAUCUGGUGGGGCUUACGUCGUGGAGGAUCUCUUUGGCGUUGACGGUGAGGUGUCUGGUGUUGUGGGCGGUGGGGCGGAGGUGAUGCUUGGCACCACCAUUGUUCCCCACGAAGGAGAUGAUGAUGACGACGGACUUUGUGUGAUUUGUCUCACAAUGCCAAAAGACACCGCUGUUAUGCCAUGUCGACAUAUGUGUCUCUGCAAGAAUUGCGCCGAGGAACUAAUGCGGCACAUGCCAAAGUGCCCCGUUUGUCGUGGCUCCGUCUCCACGCUACUGCAUAUGCCGUCAUUAAAUGAUGGUGAACAUGUAUGA